AUGCUCAACGGCCAGGUCGAAGCAGGGAUACCAUAUGAAUAUGGAGUUAUACCAGGUGGAGGACGCUUCGUAAUAGGCAAAGAUACUACUCCGGGAGACUUUGAUGGAAACAACUUUCUGAAGGGGGAAGUGGCCGACUGGGUGCUGCUUAACGAAUCUCUCAGCGUGGAGGAGAUGGAGAAGUAUGUUACCUGUCACGGCCUCCCUCGGCAUGUACAGCCCCUCCUGGGUUUUGAUGCUUCAUUGUCGAGCUGGGAACUGAAAGGUCAGGCAGUUUCUUUCAACUUGAGUGUAGAUGAUAUUUGCGGCCAAUGGCUUGCUGAGUCCCUCGUGAUGUUUCCCCAUCCAGUGGAGCAAGGAUAUGCUGCCGACUGGUGUCAGUGGAUGGGCGGGGUUCUACCUUUGCCCCUAAAUGAGAGAGAGAACGAAGACGUGACCGCCAUUGCCUCAGUAUAUGAAACUGAAUGCGGAGCGGUUUGGAGCUCCGUGGCAUGGCUGAGAAUCACGGGUAAUGUAACUACAAAGGAAUGGUUAGCACUGGAGGACGGCUCUCCUACGAUCUGGGACAACUUUGAUUCCUAUCAAGCAACCCCAACUGAAAGUAGAGCCUGCGCCUUGCUGGCAUCCGUCAAGCAGCAAGGCCAAUGGGUCGCCGCCCCCUGCUUCUAUUUGACGUGUGCCAUGUGCCAGUUCGCGGAUCGACCCACUUUUACUCUUCGAGGUCUUUGCUCAGAAACAAACUUCGAUACUGUAUACACUCUUGGAGGAACUUUAAAUAAAAGGCCAAUAUAUAUUGGUGACUUCAGGAGCUAUAUAUACUGGGACGGAAAGGAAUGGAUACUAAAAACAGCUAUCGAACAUUUCAACUACACCGCUCGGAUGACUAAUGUCACAAAAUCAUACCCAAAUGGCAGAAGCACCUGGCUCUUCAAUCGACAAGAGUGUGGAGCUGUCGAGAAGGAGUUGGUCCUGUCGACGUGCGGCCCCGAACAAUUUCCCUGUGACAGCGGCCAGUGCGUGACUCAGGGAAAGCGUUGCAACCGUAAACUUGAUUGUUCCGAUGGGACCGACGAACGAAACUGUGAACUCGUAUUCCUUCUCCCCGGGUACUCCCAAGAGGUGGCUCCUUCCAAUCCUGGAGACGCCUUCGUACUCCACCUCUCCUUAGAGAUAACCUCUGUCAGAGAGCUCGAUAUUGUGGGCUUCAAAAUCGGAUUGGACAUGAUUUUCCGCAUGGAAUGGAGGGACAACAGACUUAGGUUUCACAAUCUGCGGGGUGACAUCAACAGAGUCAAGGCGAGUCUAAAUAGCACGGAUACAACCGGGUUUGUUCAUGUAUGUUUAUGCAUAUUUAUAUGCAACUGCCUAAACGGUAGUUUAUUUUCAGUUUUAUGUAAUUGGUUAUGACAUAUUUUCUUCUUGUUAACAUAUAGUAUUUUUCCUAGGAAAAAACUGAACUUUGGAGACCAAGGUUCUUCAUUGAGUCCAACAACCGGAGUCCUGCGGAGGAGUUGCCGAGCAGCCCGCCGCUGCUGCUUGUGAGGCGCGAACAACCGCCAGAAGACGACGACCGGAGUAGCGCGACCAAAGGUUAGCGACGAAUCAGAAUUUACACACAUUCCAUUCCAACACAUGUUCUGAUGAUAACCUAAUACGAUAGAAGAACAAAAAACAUCUAAUGAGUGGUCUUUGAAUUAUUGUUUCAGAGGAAGUGUUUGGCGGCGCAAAAAAUUCCUUGAUUUCGGAGUGGCCGACAUCCGUCUCACUGAGCUGUCAGUUCAACCUUGGAAUGUAUCCCUUCGACAUCCAGACCUGCCCCUUCGUCUACUAUUUUUCCAACGUUGACAAUGUUUCCCUCAAAGUGGUAAAUACUUUAUUCUAUAUGUCAAGUAGGGUGUUACAACUGACAUCAGUGACUAGGUGCUAAGGACAAGAUCACAUCGCAUGCCCUCAGGGUACUAGGAAGAAAAAAAAAAGAAAAAAAAACUGUGACGUAGUUUUUCUGGUGUAAAAAUGCCAGAGCAUACAGUUCAUAUAUCCAGAUCGAUUCACAUUUCUCAUGAAGCAGCAAACUUUCGGCUACAACCACAACUUCGACUGUCUCAGGAUUCCGUGACCUUCAACGGGAACCGAGACCUUCUCGAGUACCAGGUGACGGGGGCGUCUGGGACCAUAACACGUUACGGGAGGAGGAACGGGUUCAGGGUAAGAUCAAGUGGACUCUCCUUGAUGAGUCACCUCACCUCACCUUCAUGGCAUUCUCAUUCUUUAAUUCAUGAUUUUGUGCUCAAUGCAUUUUUUUUUUAAAUCUUUCAACUGUCCAUGAACAUUUGAUCUAAGAGACUACGUUUCUGUUUUUUCUAUGACAGGUAGAGAUGAAGUUCAAGAAUCAGUACGGAUACUACGUGGGAAACGCUUUCCUGCCUAGCCUUUUGCUAGUUAUCGUCUGUUAUCUCACAUUUUGGUUCUCCAUUGACGACUUUCAGGUGCGUAAGUGGACUCAGUUUGGAGUGAGCCAAGGGGAACCAAAACCAACAGAGAUAAUUCCUUUGAAAAAAAAAAAAAAAUGCACAACAAAGUCAUGCAAAAAUUUAAUACAGAAAUGUAGAAGUGAUCAUGACACCAAAACAAAUGUAAGUAACUUUACAUAGACUUCCAAUUAAUAUAUUUAACCAAUAUGGAGCGAGCAUGGUUUCGCGUGAGCUGCCCUGAGCGGCGGGUACAGUGUUUGUGUUUAUUUAUUUCUCAACAGGAUCGCAUCAUGGUCUCGCUUACGUCCCUGCUUGUACUGACGGGGUUGCUGACACAGACCAGCCAGUCCAUCACCAAGACGGCCUACCUCAAACUCAUCGACGUCUGGUACAUCGUCUUCAUUUGCAUUGACUUUCUGAUCAUCGUUGUUUUGGCGGUAAUUGAGGGUUUUCGCCAAAGGGUCAGGUUAGCAGAGGUCAAGGUCAGUGACAGGAAAGCUCUGCAAGGGGGACAAAACCCAACGGUCGCCUGGUCUCCUCAAACCGCAAACUCUCUGGCCAAAAGAGUCAACGACAUCGCCAUCGUGUUGUUCCCCGUUGUGUGUGUCCUAUUUAUAAUUGGACUCUUCUUCACGGUGUGUGAAAAAUUUGUUUUUGAAUAGCUUUCAUUCGUGGGCCGAGCGCGGAAACCACUGCACUACGGACAUUUUAAAAGAUAGCCCUGAAGGUCUAAGAAAAUACCUGGAAGACAUUAAAUGGUUUAUUUUUUUGUGUUUAGUUUGUCAGGCGUUCAUGCUUUGUAUUUCACAAGGAGCGAGGAUCUGACUUCAGGUAACAGGCACUUGGAUGAAAUAACUCAUUGGGUUUAGUCAGGUGGCAUUUUAAUCCUGCAAAAGAUACAGAUUACAAAAAAAAUAUUACACUGGGACAGUAGAUUUUAUCUUCAGCAGGUCUCACCACACAAUUAUUCAUUUAGUAACUGGCUAAGGAUGGUUCACUGGUCCGUGGAGCGAUGCCUUCCGCUUUCGUUAGAGCUGAGGUUCGCAUAUUCAUGACUGUUCCGCUACCAAUUAAAUCACAAUUGCGUAACUGUAGAGUGUAGGCGAAGCGACGCGUAAAAAUAACCUUUAAAUGUUAUAAGACGAUGAUCAAUGAGGUCUCCUCGGGUGCAGCGGGAAGUAAAACUUUGUUACUUCAAGGAUCACAUGUAAAGCCACAGGUGGGGAAAAAAAGCAUUGCAGUAAAGUUUAAACACAUCAAAAUUAUCGUAAAUUUGCAUUUUAAAUUUUAAAAUUGUUGUAUUUAUAGAAAUAUUGUAGCGCAUGUGUAGACAAGACUGUGUUCA